AUGGAGAUCGACGAAUGCGUUAGCGAGCAUGUGGGCAGGUGUCGGCGUCAACCAACAGCUGCUGCAGCAGCAGCGUUGAGCGGCAACGCUCAGCCUCCAGGACCGCACCAUGGUACCCAGAAUGCCAUCAUCAAGUCGUUGCUCAACAACCCUUUCGAGCCCCAGCUGGCCCGAGGCUUGCAGGCCUCUCAGCGGCCCUCGCCCACAGUCCACGCUUUACGCUUUGACGGCUCUGGAGCCGGCGCCGUCCCUGACGCCACACCGCUGCUUAGUACCAGCACCGCGACGCACCACCUCCUGCCGGCGCAGCGUAGCCUAGACGGUGGUCUAGCACCUCAACCUAGCUGGGGUAGCCCGAGGUCCGACCCCAUGUGCCCAACCUGCGACGCGAGCGCACUGGAGGUGCAGCAGCAGCUGCUGGAGAGUCUGGCGGACCUGGAGGAGGAGCUCACCAUCUGGGCAGCGCCACCCAAGUGGAACCCCUCGAGCCAGGGCCGCUGGUACCUGUACCCGCCCAUUGGCCGCAAGGAUGUGAACCCCGUGGAGCAGCUCCUAGAGACCCUGGCACCCAGCCAAGCCUCCGCGGUGGUGUUGUUCGCCGAGCUCAUGGCGGGUCGUGCGGUGCGGCUGUGCCGCGAGCUCGGGCACGAGCUGGCGGAGAGCCGGGCGGAGGUGGAGGAGCGCACGCAGCGUCACGCAGAUCACGCGGCUCAGCUGGGCAAGGCGAUUAUGCGGCUACAGCAGCAACUGGACGAGGCGCGACGAGCCGCGGCAGCGGCAACCUCGGCUGCGGCCGUCGCCAGUGCCGUCGCCGCCGCUCAUCAAAGCAACUCCACAGAGACCACCACCGUCGCCACGACGCCGCCGUCGCAAAAGCAGCAGCACCACCACCAGCAGGGGCACGACGGCAACGGUGGCGGCGGCAGCCUCCGCACUAGCCUGACGGCCCUCUCUGGCUCAGGUCAAGCCGCCGCCGCCGCCGCCGCCAGCCCGGUCGUGCGCCCGAGCUCGCGUGGCACGACGCCGCCACCUGCCGCUGCCGUCGCCGCGACAACAAGGACGACGACCGCGGCGGCAGCGGCAGCGGCGGCGCACGCGAGUGGUCGCCCUGGUGGCGGCGGUGCCGCCAGUGGGCUGCAUGGUGAGAAGAAGGCCUCCGGUCGUCCCGGUUCCUCGGCAGCCACUGAGGGAGGCGGUGCUGCUGCUGCGGAGGACGAGGACCUCACAACCCAGCUAGAGCAGAUGCGGCAACUGUUCUUAGAGGCCCACGAGGACAGUCGUGCCCUACGGGAGGCCCUCAUGGAGGUGGACGAGCAAAACAUGCAACUGUACGAGCAGAGCAACGGUCUUCGGCGCCACGCCGCCGCUGUACUGAAGGAGAACGACGCGCUACGGCAGGAGGUCGCGCAGCUGCGAGGAUUGCUGACGACGGGAGCCACCGGCGUCGCCAGCCUGGCGGCGACCGCUGCAGCGGCGGCAGCAACGUCGAGUGCAUCGACGGCGGUGGUGGCGACAGCGGCGGACGCCGCGGCGGCUGCAGCCGGGGCGGUGCCCCAGCGGCGGGGCCGAUCCGUCCACGGCACCAAGAGCGUCGGCGGUGGCGGCGGCGGAGGGAGUACAACUGAGAGCAGCCUACGCGCCUCCGUCAACAUCCCGCUCGGCACCAAGGAUCAUCAUCCUAGCACCUCCGCCGUUGCCUCUACGACACCACCGCGACCGCCACCGUUGUCAAGCUCUAGUGCCGCCGCACCAACGGCGACGGUGACAGCUGCAGCGCCGCCGUCAUCGUCAGCAGCUCCCCCUCCGCCAGCACCAGGGCCGUCGGUAGGUGCUGCGACCACGUCCAUGGCCGUCUUCGCGCGCAAGACCGACGGAGGCCUCACCGGUACAACUGUACGGGCCUCAGUACGACGACACGCAGGAUCCCUUGCCGGCCUGGAAGGGGCAGCUGCGUCGGGAGGGGUGGGUCGUGACCCACAUGCGCCGCCGCUGCCACCGGCACGUGCUACCUCCUCUGCUCGUCCCAAGAGCACGCAGCGGAGCGGUACGGCGCUCAGCGGCGGCCGGCCGGGGGAUCCCACGUCAUCAACUCCAAGCAGCAGCCUCGAGGGCCCUGUGGGUAAGGUUGCUGUCGCAGGCUCUGCCGCUGCCGAUCGUGCAAAUAGGAAGACCAUGUCCGAGGCGCUGACGGCGGACGGCGCGUUGGCGGUGGUGCACGCGAGCAGGCGGCCCAUCGGCGCCAUCGCGGCGGCGGCCAGCGGGACGUGCUAUGCAGUGCCGCCACGCUCUCGAAGCACGGAGCUGGUACCAGGGUAUUCUAACUUUGUGACGGAUGCCGCACUCGCAAAGGCAGCGGCUUCUGGCGGCACUGCCAAGGCUGCCUCCGCCGGCGGCGCCAUAGGUGGUGGUGGCGUCGUCGCCAGCUGUGAAGGAGGUGGUGGCGGGGCGCUGCAAUAUGGCGCGGAGGCGCCAUCGCGGCCGCAGUCGCAAGCCCAGGCUCGGGGGCUGGCGGCGGCGGGGUCGCAAUGA